GCGCUCGCUCGCUCUGACACAGCGCGUGCAGGAGUGCGGGGAAGCGGCGCGCGAGCGGACACGCAGAGCGCAAACACCGCCUUCCACACUCAUGUGAUUCCGUUUAUUUCCCCCCCCCCGCGUUUUUGUUACCAUUUCGACCGACAUUUUUUUUUUCUAUUUUCCUAAACCGUUUGCGCAGAGGCAUUUUCUUAAAACCCGAGCGCGCGCUCCCGCUGUUUUUCGCUCGUGUCCAAGCGGCUCGUUUGCUCUUGUUGUAAUUGUUAUUUCUUACCGCUCUUGUAUUAUUGUUGAAAAUGAAGGCUGUUAGCCCCGUCCUCCCCCCGCGGGACUCCCGGGGCUGCGGCGCCUUUGCCCUGCGGUGCCCCUCGGAGCGCAGCCUCCCGCCGGGCGCCCGGCGCAGGACGGACGAGGAGGAGCUGCUGUGCCUGCGCUACACCAUGAACGACUGCUACAGCCGUCUCAAGAGGCUGGUGCCCACCAUCCCGCAGGACAAGAAGGUGAGCAAGGUGGAGAUCCUGCAGCACGUCAUCGACUACAUCCUGGACCUACAGCUGGCGCUGGAGACGCACCCGGUCCUCCUCAAACAGAACCAGAACCACCACCAGAGUCACCAGGGGAUCGUGUGUCCGUCCUCCGCCAUCAGGACUCCGCUGACGGUCCUCAACGCCGAACAGGUGUCGGCAAUAAUGAAGAAGCAGGAAGACACGAUCUUGUGUCGCUGAAGUGCGGCGCAGUGGUGUGUGUGCGGACCGCCGAUCCAAAGCCAACUCUCCUGCGCAAGAAACGGAGUCUGGAGGCAGCAGCAGGGGCUUUUCUAACCAGAAACAAAUCACACACCCCAAACAGCGACCGCAGUUUUUGCUGAGACUAAAUUGACCAAGAGAAAAUUGGAGGAAAGUAGCAGUAAUAAUAAUAAUAAUAAUAACGACCAAAAAUAAAACCUCCUGCGCUCUGAUUUAUCCACGAGCGCAAUUGGGAUUUUUAACGCCUUCGGAGAUACGAGAAGACAAACCUCGGUUUACGAAGACGCGUCAGAGGCUAAUAAAAAUAAUAAGAUGGCAACAAAAAGGAGGCGACACACCGGAUUUUUUUUUUUUAAAGUUUCUGCAUUUAAAAACAAAUUUAAAAAUCCACGACGAUUUAAAGCUUUACUAAAACAGUAAGGAUGAAACGUACAAGCUUGAGACACCUAUUGUUUAAAAUAGGUGAGUUGUGUCGAACAGGGAUUUCCCUGAGAUGAACUGUUUAAUAUUGUAAAGAGGUAAUGAGUCAGGACAAUUAAUAUUGUAUAUAUAGAGAAAGAUGUUCUAUAAAUGUACGUGGAAGAUAUGAUAUAUGCUUAAAUAGAUUGUUGUAAUUAUAUGAUAUUUUUUAUUAAAACCUUUUUGUUGUGUAAAUAUUGCAUCUUCACUUUUAAGUGUAGUGGAUGAAUUCAUUAUGUUCUGCUAAUAAAGUCUUCAUCAUAUCUG